AAAAGGGGCUCCGAAACCGCUGCUGCUGGAACGGAACUGCUCGAGGUGGAGCUUCGCAGCGUUAAGUCGCGCGGCGGUUGAAAAAUGGAGAGUCUGCGUCGUGAAGCGUUCGCAGUCCUCAGGCGGACCAGAAUGCCGGUCCCGCCUCCUCCCUUGGCGCUGCCGAGGAUGUCGAGGAGAUGGUUCAGCCACCCGGGAGCAUGGAACGACAAAGCAGAGAAAAUGUAGGCGCACAGCACACAGCGAAAAGAGGUUGGCAUAGCACCUGCCGAUCUGUGUGUGUGUGUGUGUCUGUGCUGCAGAACAGUGCACUUUCUGCUUAAGGAUGGCUCCAAGAAGACUGUUGAAGCGCCUAUCGGCACGUCAGUGCUCGAAGUGGCGCACCACUAUGACAUCGACAUUGAAGGUGCGCAGCGAACCACACAGGUGGCUGCUCAACUCACCCUCUCUGCAUCUGUCUGUCUGUCUGUCUGUCUGUGUCAGGUGCGUGUGAGGCGUCGCUUGCGUGUUCCACCUGUCAUGUCAUACUGGAAGAGGAGUACUUCGACAAGCUGGAGGAGGCCACGGAGAGGGAAGAAGACCUCCUUGACAUGGCACCGGGACUCGCCGAAACGUACGCCCACACUCACACAGACGCGCGAGAAGAGAAUACGGUCGAUUGGCGCAUGUACUCAUGGCAACUGCCUGUCUGCCUGUCUGUCUGCCUGUGUGUCAGGUCGCGGCUUGGCUGUCAGGUGAUAUGUGCGCCAGAGCUGGAUGGCAUGACCGUCAAGCUGCCGUCAGUCACCAGGAACUUCUACGUGGACGGCCAUGUCCCCAAGCCGCACUGAUUAACCGAUCUGUACAUCGAGAUGGACUAAGGCACGUGCGCAUUGGAUUCAUGGAGUACUGUACGAGAUGGGAUGGCGGCCCUUUUUCCGUGUGGUGUGUACAUGAGUUUUUGACCACGGGCUGUCUUUCUGGAGCGAGCGUGCCAUGUGCCGUGCAUGUGAUGCAUGAUUGACAUGAUUCGAUUCGCUGGAUGGCCGUCGGAAACCGACUGAGCCUCCACCAACGAGUAGUCAAUAUGGAUGAUGCAGGG